ACGUCACCCCCGUAAUAAUGCUGGUCUUCUUCUUCGAUUAGCAAACAAAACAAAUCCCCAAACUAACAAGCUCCGCUCUCUCGGGCCAAGAAUCAAGCUUCAAAUUCCCAUCUGGGUCUUCGUCGAACCUCCAAUUUUCCCCCCAAAUAGAGAGUGGAUCUUGCAUUGAUAUUGGCAAUUCUCAUCUGGGUCCUUGAUAUUCUCGAAAAUUCUCAUAUUAUAAUUUUCAUUUUGACUAAUUUUGGUCAGAGCUCUUCACCGUUACCAAGUUUCAAUAAAAAAUCUCAUCUGGGUCUAUAAAAAUUUUCAUUAUUUGUCAUCCUUAAAGAAUAUGAUGCCAGUGCCAUCUAGAUAUUAGAGUUCAUGUCACAAUGAACACCCAUUCAUUUCCUGCAUAUCUGAGAGGGGACUUUGAUUUAGAAUCCGGAAACAUCCGAAAAACCCGAAAGACAAAAAAUUCAUCAUCUGAUCCUCUCAAGAUGAUUAAAUCAUUUAGAAAUCAAUGUCAAUACUUCUACAAGAUGCACCCAGUCCUUGUUUUCCUCAUCUCCUUGUCAUUUGGGAUAACCAUCCUUGUUGUCCUUUCUGUAUAUGAAAGCCAUUUUAGAAUGAGCUUUCGAAAGAGUGAUGAUUUGAGUUUAGAACCGGAUUCUCACCCUUUUACGAAUCUUCAUAAUCUUGUUAUGGUUGCUGGCCAUUCUAUAUAUACAAGUGAAAGUUGCGGGAAAUUUGAAGAUGAGAGUUCGUGGUAUUUGGAGCCAUAUCAAAAGAAUCCUGGGCAGGCUUCUACAUUUGUAGAGCAUAUUAAAGUGGGGGUUGAGAUUGCGGCUAAAGAUGAUGAGGCUCUUCUUAUAUUUAGUGGUGGAGAGACUAGAAAAGAUGCUGGACCUCGCAGUGAGGCGCAAAGUUAUUGGACAGUUGCAGACUCAGAGGGAUGGUUUGGCAAGAAGGAGGCUGUGAGAGAUAGAACACUCACAGAGGAGAAUGCAAGAGACAGCUUUGAGAAUCUUCUUUUUAGUGUGUGUCGGUUUCGAGAACUAACUGGCACUUAUCCUCAGAAUAUUACAGUUGUAAGCUAUGAUUUCAAAGAACAGAGAUUCUCCCACCUACACCGAUCUGCCAUUGGAUUCCCCGAGCAAAGAUUCUCCUUCUUCGGCACUCCAGCUCCUCCUAAAUCAAGAGACGGAGCAACGCAAGGAGAAGCCAUCGCCAGGGCCCAGUUCCAGCUCGACCCUUACGGAUGUUUCGGCACUCUGCACCGGAAGAGGCUGAAGCGGGACCCUUUUCAUCGUACCGUUCCAUAUCCUGCUGGGUGCCCCGAGCUGAGGGAUUUAUUCAACUAUUGUGGUCCAGCGCCUUAUCCCGGUGUUCUACCCUGGGGACAGUAGGUUCAACCUCACAGUAUUUACUGUGAGGAAAAAGGGCAAAGAUAGGAGAACGUUGUAGCUUACGGGGAAACUAUCCAUGUCUUUUAUUAAUGGAAGUGAAGUGAACUUAAAUGCUCAAAAUUUACAAGUUUUUAUGUUCUUUGAAGAAAAGUUUAUAAGAGUUUAGUGUUUUAGAGUUCACCUCAGUGAUUAGAUAUGCUUCUUUUUUUUUUCUUUUUUUUUUGAGGUAAAAAUUGUUGGUAAUGUUGAUAUUAGAUCCUCGUUGUGAGUUAUUUCUUUGAGCAGCAACUGUCUGGAAAAUUGAUGGUAACAGGUGAUGUGAUGCUCUUA